UGCUCGUAAAUGUUCGUCUCACGCAUGAGAGAAGACUUUCCAGAUUGGAUUGUGUUUAGGAUUAUUAAAAAAUAGUUUAGUGAUCUUCGCACGUCGCUUUUUUGCGGAUAAACUAUAUUUCCUUGUUAUAAUAAUAAUAACAAUGACAUAUCUGAAUUCAUGGGAAGAAUUCGAAAAAGGUGCCGAGAGGUUAUAUCUACAAGAUCCAAUAAAUACUCGAUAUACAAUGAAAUAUUGUCACAGUAAAGGAGUUUUAUGUCUAAAAUUAACAGACAAUCGACGGUGCCUCCAAUAUAGGACAGAAAUAGCUCAAGAUUUAAAGAAAAUGGAAAAAUUUAUAGGCAACCUCAUGAGACAUAUGGCAUCAAAAGAUAUUUAAAUAAGCAAGAUUUAUAUUGAUUUAUAUAUAGGAAAUACGCUUAUCAUGAAGACUAACAUAUUUUUAUUCAACAAAGUUUUUUUUCAUGAGAUUCAACAAUUGUGUGGUCCAUGGAUAUUAAUUUUGUUUAAGGUAUGAAAGUUUUCUUAAAUAUACAUUUGAAUAUACAACUAUUUUAUUUUGUAUUAAAUUUUUAUGAAUAUUUUGGGCGGCUCCGUUGCCUCCUUGUUAAAGUUCUGAAACAGUCAAGAUUAUUAUAAAUUAAAUUAAGCGAUAGAGAAUAUAAGUAGUAAGAAUUUU